CUUGGUUGUAUCAUCCGCCAGCAGACCGGCAGGACCCGGUACAUCGGCAGCAACCAGUGGCCUGGGUAGUAUCAGUUGCUGGACAACAGGAGAUUGUAAAAUUUUCACUGUAAUCGAUACGGUAGAACGAAGAAGCGAAGACCAACCAUGAAGUGCGACGCUGUGAUCGAGAAAAUUAAGGCCCGCGUUGCCGCCAUUGACCCCAAUGGACCACGUAAAGUGCUGGGAGUUUUCCAGCUGAACAUCGAGGCCGCCGAUGGUGUCCACGAAAUUGUUGUUGAUCUGAAGGGACUGUCUGUUUCGGACGGCAAGGCCGCUUCGCCGGAUGUGGUGAUCAAUCUGAAGGACGAGGACUUUAUUGCCGUCGGAACGAAGCAGAUCCCGGUGAAGGAUGCGGUCGCACAGGGCAAAGUCAACAUGACCGGCGACCAGACCCUGUUCCAGGCCUUGGUAGAUGCGAUCUAAAACAAU